AUGUCAACAGACAGCACUGUGUACACCGGGAUCUGGAUGAACCAUUCGAAAGGAUCCAUUCUUGGAGCCACUUUGACUGUAGCACCUGGCAAUGGACUCAUUGUUGUGGCGAUCCUUGCGCUGUUUGUCUCUUUAGCUGGAAGCCAGUCUUGGGGCAUGAUAAGGUUCGUUGUUCACCAAUUGAGAGCGACAACACAUCCAAGUCAUGGGAUAUACUAUCAACAGCAAGCCAUUUUGAGAAACACCGGUGUAGCUUCAGCUGCAAUCUGGCAAUUCGGCAAGAUCGCUUGGGUCUGGCGCUCUCGAGGCAUGAAAUCUUUUCAAAAAUCGAUUGUUCUUAUUAUCCUUGGCCUUACACAUUUGCUUUUCUUUCUCGCCGCUGGUGUAUUGUCAUCUCGGCUGGCCACGGUCAGUAGCGAGGUUUUGGUUCGCAGUCCCAAUUGUGGGAGCUGGGAUGCUCUCAUGCCAGCCCAACUUAUGGCCAAUGUUACGGAGUCCGUGAAUUACCUAGUCCAUAGGCGGGAAAAUGCCGACCUGAGCAUGGCGUAUGUUCGUGAUUGUUUUGGUGGAUAUCAGACCUCCCCACAGUGUAACACUUUCAUCCGUCAGGAGUUGCCUUUCACUACGGUUAACAACGCUUCAUGCCCGUUCAAUUCCAAGAUGUGCCUUGGUCCUGAAAAUGGGGCCAUUACUUUCACGACGGGUCUUUUGGAUUCCCUCGACGAUCUUGGAGUGAAUUCGCAAAAAGAUAGAGUGCUAUACCGAAAGAGCAUGACUUGCUCGCCAAUUGUGACGGAAGGAUAUACCAGUAAUGGUAGUUCAUCUCUGAACGGUCGCGGAUACAACUAUACUGCUUUGUAUUAUGGGCCAAAUCUUGAGAUGAACUCAUCAGAGCCAGCGUUUGGAGGUUUGCCAAACGCAACGUAUGUCCACACAGACUACAAAUCGCUGGCUCUUGGUUUUGACUAUAACCUUGAGAAUGAACGUUACUCUCUCGAAACUAUGCAGUAUCCGGCGGAAAUUCCCGAUUUUGAUCCAAUUCCAGAAUUGCUUACAUCAAGCGGAACAGUGACUCUACUGUUUGUAUCUUUUGACGGAGUGUACUUGGGAGAAAGUGAUGAUUUAUGGUUCUCGGCUCAUCAUCUCCUAGGCGAGCUUAUCGGGACUACCACAAGUAACGAUACCUUGUACAGUACCUACGGCUUCGAUAAGCCUGUAUCAACACUGGGAUGUAUUGAACAGUACCAGCUUUGCAAUCCCAAACAUCCCGAAAAUUCGGAUACGAGAUGUACCCCUUGGCUAGCCGCAAUUGAUCUAAGCAACUUCAAUAUUUCCAAUGUUCUCGACACCAAGAAUCAGCUGGAGAUAGCGAAUCUUAUUUUCUUGGUCAUGUUGAACACACAGCUUAAAAGAGUGGUCGAUGUUCUAUCUACCCCAUUACUAGCCAGUUCCAACAUGAUGUCUGCGAUUUCCGCACCAAUACCACCCAAUCAGUGGACACUGGAAGCUGCAAACUGGUUCGCUACUAGCAUCAACCUACUUCAAAGGGGUCUCGCUGAAGACGCAACUGGUCUUCCAAGCCCUUACUCAAAAUAUACGGCAAAUGCUGCCGCAAAUGAUCCUGCUCUGAAAUGGUUUUGCGAUAAUUUUAUCAUGCGAGACAACAGAUACACGUCGUUCAGCAUUUUGGCCAUAAGUUUUGUCCUCGGAGUUGGUGGUCUUAUCAUUAUUCUAAGUCUCUACUUCGAGUCGAUAAUUGGGUGGAUGCAAGUUCGCUGGAAGAGAGGGAUCUACCGCAGAGUUUACUGGAAGCUUGAUUCUGUUCUCCAACUCCAGCGAAUGGCUUAUGAAGAAGCUGGACUCGGGGCAUGGGAAAGAUGUGGCCACGAGGUCCCCGUUACUGCAGAGAAGAUACAGGUAGCCACGGAAUGGGAUGCUUGGCAUCCAACUAUCCGUGGCAAGGCAGUCUCUUCAUCAGAAUCACAACAUCAAAGCACACAGAAAGACCGUCAAAGUAAGUCUUCGGACACACUGAGCGAGGUACAAACAGUUGUUUCAAGAGCAGAGAGCAAGACACAAGCUUCAGUGACAAAUUCGGAGACAUUGAGUGAGGUACCGACAGCAGUUUCGGAAGCAGAAAGCAAGAGACAAGCAUCCGUGGCAGAGAAUGAGAUUGUGUCAAUAUCGGAUUUAGAGCGUUAGCUAGGUUGAAUUGGUUUGUAUGGCGUUUAGCUUUUCCUGGAUUGACAGCGAUAAAGUCAGGAUAGAAAAGGGUUCCAAUUUUGGAAUUGUAUUGGGGUU